AUGGGCUCAUCAUUCCAGUAUCUCUGUCAUUUUGAGACAGACAACGGCUCCAGGUUCUUUACAAAAUGCAGCUCGACCAACCCCGCCACGGGAAUCCCCGUUGACGCAUAUCCGACGUACGAGGACCUGUUGCAAGGACGAAAUGCGACGACGGCCACAAUAGCCAAGCUCCUGCCUCCUGUGCCGCAAACGAGCAACUCGAUUUACUGUGUCGGUCUCAACUACCGGAGUCAUGCAACUGAAGCCAAGCUCAAUGUCCCGGCCAACCCCCCGGUAUGGACCAAGCCGCCUGCAUCGCUCGCAUCGCCAAACGAAACCAUCCCCGUAAGCCGCUUCUGCGCGUCACACCUGCCAGACUGGGAGGGUGAGCUCGUUUUCGUGACCUCGCGCGAGUGCCGCGAUAUCACGCCUGACCAAGCCCACGAGUAUAUCCUCGGCUACACAGUUGGCAACGACCUUUCCUGCCGCUUCUUCCAGCUCCCCGAGCAGUCCGGCGGCCAGUUCUUCUACGCAAAGGCGUUUGACAAGUUUGCGCCCAUCGGCCCCGUCCUAGCGAGCCCGAGCAUCUUCGAGAAGCAGCGAGCAUCGGCCACGCUCGUGACGAAGAUCAACGGGGUCGUAAAGCAGGAUACGGUGAUCGCGAAGGACAUGAUAUUCCCGCCGGAGAGGGUCCUUAGUUGGAUGAGUCAGAGCACGACCAUCCCAGCGUAUACAGUGGUUAUGACAGGCACACCAGCAGGCGUUGGAGUCUUCCAGAAGCCGCGACAGCUACUGAAGGACGGCGACCAGGUCGAGGUUGAGAUUUCGGGGCUGGGGACGUUGAAGAACGUGGUCAGGUUUGAGGAGGGCCAGGAUUCCAUCAUGUGA